CGACCCGUAGCGGUGCCCCCGCGUUCGCGUCCCCCCGGCUGUUGGGGCGGGUGAGGCGGCGGGGGGCGCCAGGGCCGCUUCGCCGCCGGCCCGGAGGGGCCUGGCCGGGCCCCCGCGGGGGCCGCAUGAGCCCCGCGCCGCAACGCGAGUCAGGACGGAGGGGGAGGCGGGCGGAGGGGCCGCCCCGGCGGCGGGGCAGGGCGGCGGGCGGCGGGGCCGCAGCCGGGCGGAGGAAGAAGCGGCGAUGGAGGGGCUGGCCGGGUACGUGUACAAAGCGGCGAGCGAGGGGCGAGUGCUGACCCUGGCCGCGCUGCUGCUCAACCGCUCCGAGAGCGACAUCAAGUACCUGCUGGGCUACGUGAGCCAGCACGGCGGGCAGCGCUCCACCCCGCUCAUCAUCGCCGCCCGCAACGGCCACGCCAAGGUGGUUCGUCUGCUCCUCGAGCACUACCGCGUCCAGACACAGCAGACCGGCACCGUCCGUUUCGACGGCUUUGUCAUUGAUGGAGCCACAGCUCUCUGGUGUGCGGCAGGCGCCGGCCACUUUGAAGUAGUCAAACUGCUGGUGAGUCAUGGCGCUAACGUGAAUCACACCACGGUGACCAAUUCGACUCCGCUGCGGGCUGCGUGUUUCGAUGGCAGGCUGGACAUCGUCAAGUACCUGGUCGAAAACAACGCCAACAUCAGCAUUGCCAACAAGUACGACAACACUUGCCUUAUGAUCGCAGCCUACAAAGGGCACACGGAUGUGGUGAGGUACCUCCUGGAGCAGCAUGCCGACCCCAACGCCAAAGCCCACUGUGGUGCUACCGCGCUGCACUUUGCAGCCGAAGCCGGCCACUUGGAAAUAGUGAGGGAGCUGGUCAAGUGGAAGGCGGCGAUGAUGGUGAAUGGCCAUGGGAUGACUCCGCUGAAGGUCGCUGCUGAGAGCUGCAAGGCUGACGUUGUAGAGUUGCUCCUUGCUCACGCCGACUGUGAUAGGAGGAGCCGUAUUGAAGCUCUGGAACUUCUGGGUGCCUCAUUUGCAAAUGACAGAGAAAACUAUGAUAUAAUGAAGACUUACCACUAUUUAUAUUUAGCGAUGCUGGAGAGAUACCGAGACAGUGAGAAUAUAAUUGAAAAAGAAGUUCUUCCGCAAAUUGAAGCUUAUGGAAACAGGACUGAGUGCAGGACUCCUCAGGAAUUAGAGUCUAUUAGGCAGGAUCGAGAUGCCCUUCACAUGGAAGGCCUCAUUGUGCGAGAAAGAAUUCUGGGAUCGGACAAUAUUGAUGUUUCUCACCCCAUUAUUUACCGUGGGGCUGUUUAUGCAGAUAACAUGGAGUUUGAACAGUGUAUUAAGCUAUGGCUCCACGCAUUGCAUCUGAGGCAGAAGGGCAACAGGAACACUCAUAAGGACCUCCUGAGGUUUGCUCAAGUCUUCUCUCAGAUGAUACACUUGAAUGAACCUGUUAAGGCCAAGGACAUCGAGAGUGUCCUGAGAUGCAGUGUCUUGGAAAUAGAACAAGGCAUGUCCCGGAUCAAAACCACACAGGACUCUGACAUUCACACUGCCAUGGACAACUACGAAUGCAACAUCUUUACCUUUCUGUACUUAGUCUGCAUCUCUACCAAGACCCAGUGCAGCGAGCAGGAUCAGUCGCGAAUCAACAAACAGAUUUACAACCUGAUUCAUCUCGAUCCCAGGACGCGGGAUGGCUCUAGUUUGCUGCAUCAUGCUGUCAAUUCCAGUACACCGGUUGAUGACUUCCACACGAAUGAUGUCUGCAGCUUUCCUAACGCGCUUGUCACAAAACUCUUGCUAGAUUGUGGCGCUGACGUGAACGCUGUGGACAAUGAAGGAAACAGUCCGCUCCACAUCAUUGUCCAAUACCACAGGCCCAUCAGCGACUUCUUGACGUUGCAUUCCAUCAUCAUUAGCCUGGUGGAGGCUGGUGCUCACACAGACAUGACAAAUAAGCAGAAGAAAACCCCUCUGGAUAAAAGUACAACAGGGGUGUCUGAAAUACUCCUUAAAACUCAAAUGAAGCUGAGUCUCAAGUGCCUGGCUGCCCGAGCAGUACGGAUCUAUAACAUCAGCUACCAAAACCAGAUCCCCAGAACUCUGGAAGAGUUUGUGAAGUUUCACUAGGCUAUGUAAAGUCUUUUGUGGCGGUGCUAUCCUGGGACAACAUCAACUGCAGGCAGCAGAAUACACGGAGCUGUUUUACUCUGUUCUCUUGGGUUUGGGUUCCUCUGGAUUCAGUCUGCAGCCUCAGUUCUCAUGCAGAUCCGGGGGAGGGGGGAAAAAAAGCCACAUCAUUCUCCUGUAGUCAUAUCCAAUGGUUUUGGUAACUUCUUUUGGUUAAAAGAAUUUAUCUCUUGUUUUUUGUAAACAAAAUGAAAAGAAUCACAAUAUAACUUGUGCAGGAUGUUUUGUUUCCAGUACACAUCUCCACUUGCAAUUUGCAGCCGAAUGCUUUAGGUCAUUCUUUACGCAGGCACCUCCUAAAGCCUGUGUCACAGAGGCUGCGGCUUUGCAAGUUUUAAAACUUCUUGGAGUGAGGUGGGGAAGAACAGUGGGAAAUUAUGUGGUAGUUGGUUAAAAAGUGACGUCUGGACGUACAGAGCAAGUCAAUGCUCUCAUACCUCACUAUCUUUUUACGCCUUUCAGUUAAUGCUGAAGAUGUUGGUAACAUUUUAAAAUGUUAUUUUUUCUUAAAGUAAGCAUUGAACAGCUUAAUUUUCAACGUUAUCAACAGCUACAGCCCCACAGGAUGCUCUGUUAGGAAAUACAGGUUUAAAUUCAGCUGUGGUAUGUUCAUUUAAUGAUAGUUGAAGUAUCAAGCUCUUCUUUUAUACUGCUAAAAUAGGCAUUGAAUAAUGUUUGGAAAAGGAACUUUGCACAUCAAGCGAAACGAACCUGAGUCAUGGUUUCUUUUUAUGUAGCUGAGUUGCUCAUAUAUAAAGGUCAUGCAUGGAUACCUAGAAAAUUGAUAGGGUAUUUGUGUUUAUGUGUGUCCCAACAUUUCAAAAUGCUUUUAACUUGGGUUUUUGUUUUUUUUUUUUGUUGUUUCAAUGAUCAACACGCACCUUUUUGACUCAAAAGUAUGUAUAACUGCACUCUUGGAUUCCAAAUGCUGUAUCUUCCUAAUGGAGUAGUCUGUCGCCAAAGAGAGUCUUCCUUUGGAGCGGGGACGCUGCUUUUCUGAUAAGCGCAGAGUCUGUGCCUCCCUGAAUUGGACUUGAGGAUUUUUCAUGGUUUUUACUCCUUUCAUGAUGAAAAUCUCUAUUAAAACUGAUUUUUAAAAAAUUGUCCUAUCAUAAAAUCUUUUAUGAUAAGCAACUGAUUGUAUAAUAACAGUGUUGCUGGAGAAAAGUCCUUCUCCUUGGUAGAAGUUGCAGAUGCUCCAACAGUAAAAUGUCACUUGUUUUGACAGGCUACUGAAAACUCUGUUUAUUUAAAACGCAGCUUUUUAACUGUCAGAUGAUGAAAGAAUGUUCUGUAGGUCUUUUUUAAACAAUCUGGGUAGAACUUUAAGGCAAGAUUUGGGCACACGUUUCUAUUUGUAUUACAAAUAAAUAAACAUUGAAUGUGGAAUUAGCUUGUAACUCUUAAUUUUUGUCUAGUGCCAAGCAGAGCAGCGCUGCUUGGGUUGUGUGGUAGUGUAAACACUGGCUGUUGUGUCUCUGUAGAGAGAAAAGUUUUAGAAGUACUUUGUCUUCUAACAUGCAAACUUUACUGUGCUAGAAACUAGCUCCUAAAUCGAGGAAUGUGUCUGUUGUAUCUCAGGUGUGGCAAAGCCAAAUGCAACCCAGGCCUUAAUGCAACAAAUGGAUGUGGCCAGGCUGUUGGGAAGGUGUUUGUGUUUCUGUAGGUCUGUACCCUAGACAUCUUCCUCCUACGCACUGAGAUGUGCUGCUCUGAGCUCAUUGGAAAACCUACAGUUGGUGUUUUGCUGAGGAUUUACAGCUGCAAUAUUCAGCGUGGCCUUUGGAAAUGCAAGGAAAUAUUUAACUCAUUGUGGCUCAUCGCGAGAACCGGAGAAUGCCUUGAGGCCCUCGUUUUGGGACUGUGUCUGUUACUGGACCUGCUUCUGACAUGAAAUAAUCAAGGUGGUAUGAAAUACCUGUAUAAAACCAUUCUUGGAACAAUCAUGCCUGCUUGGAGUAUCUGCAGGAUAUUUGCCGAGGUUCUGCUCUUUUCAUGCUGUCACUGGGAUGACUUCAGUAUAUGAAGACCUGAAGAGAGAAGCAGAAUACCCAGAAGCAGCAAUAGAACUUCACUUGUAUAUCAGCACUCAAGUUAUGUGUUUGGCAGGGACUGCACACCAGCCCCUUUGCCGCACCGUGCCCUCUGCCAGUCCAGGGACUCCCCUUGCCUCAAGCCCUGUCUCCCUGCGCCAGCGGUGCCCAUUUGCUCUGGUCCCCUCCAUGCUCACUGCAGGGUUUGCAGGAUCAGGCCCUGGCUGGGGCUGUGCUCCCCUGUUUGGAGUAUGUCAAGGGCAAUAUUUUUAUAACAACUAUGUACAACUGGACGCUGGAGAUUGGCAUUAAGGUGCUUUCACUUGUCAUCAUUUGUAGUCAGUGCAUUAAGAAGGCGGCAAAUUAACAUCUUCACGCAAUUGCUCCGGUUACUGAAG